UCAUGCCAUUUUAUACUAAAUAAAAAGCAGUCGUAGAGGUCAGAAAGGAGAUUUUUGAGGAGCAAACAGCACACAACAUUGGUGUAUUCACAGGUUCCUCUAGUCAUGGUCAGUUUUGAGCCAAUCACUCUGUUCUUGGCAAUUGUCAUUUGCCUAUUUUUGAUAUACCUUGUAUAUGGUGGGAAAGGAACCCCUCCAAACUUCCCCCCUGGACCAAAGCCAUUACCCCUUAUCGGAAAUCUACAUAUAAUAAACUUGAAGAAACCUUAUAUGACAUUCAUGGAGCUUGGGAAAAAGUACGGAUCAGUAUUCCGUGUGCAGUUGGGUACAGAGAAGGUGGUUGUUCUGUGCGGGUAUGACGCAGUGAAAGACGCUCUGAUUAACCAUGCCGAGGAGUUCUCAGACCGGCCCAUCAUAGAAACGUUUCAUAGAAGAUCAAAUGGACAUGGUAUUACUUUUUCUCACGGUGAAAACUGGAAAGUGAUGAGAAGAUUUACAAUUGCGACACUGAGAGACUUUGGCAUGGGGAAGAGAACUAUAGAGGACAGAAUUAAUGAGGAAUGUCAUUCCCUGGUGGAAACAUUUCAAUCCUACAAAGGAGAGCCAUUUGAGACCAACUUGAUAAUGAACGCCGCAGUAGCCAACAUCAUCGUAUCUAUUCUGCUUGGCCAUCGCUUUGAAUAUCAGGAUCCAACCCUUCUGAAGCUCAUUGGCUUAUCAAAUGAAAUGGUCAGGAUUCUGGGGAGUCCUAUAGUUUUGCUAUACAAUGCAUAUCCAUCCGUGAUGAAAUGGUUACCUGGGAGUCACCAUAAUGUUAUAAAGAACACUCAGAAAUCUCAUACGUUUAUUAAAGAAACAUUUACUGAACACAAGGCUCAACUGGACAUAAACGACCAAAGAGAUUUCAUUGAUGCCUUCCUUGCCAAGCAAAGUGAGGAAAAGCCAAAUCCUGGACUGUUUUUUCACAAUGAGAAUCUAGUAUCACUUGUAGAUGGUUUAUUUGUUGCUGGAAUGGAAACCACCUCAACAACACUGCGAUGGGGCCUCCUGUUAAUGAUGAAAUAUCCAGAAAUUCAAAAGAAGGUCCAAGAUGAAAUCAACAAAGUGAUUGGAUCAGCUCAGCCUCAAACAGAGCAUAGAAAACAAAUGCCCUAUACUGAUGCCGUUAUCAAUGAGAUUCAGAGAUUUGCAGACAUUAUUCCUGCUAACCUUCCCCAUGCAACAACUAAGGAUGUCACUUUCAGGGGCUAUUUUAUUCCAAAGGGAACCCAAGUGAUCCCAAUGCUGACUUCCGUUCUACGGGAUAAGGCUUACUUUGAAAGACCAUAUGAAUUUUACCCUCAACAUUUCCUUGACUCCAAAGGAAACUUUGUAAAGAAUGAGGCCUUCCUUCCCUUCUCAGCAGGAAAAAGAAGUUGUGCCGGAGAGACGUUGGCCAAGAUGGAACUCUUCCUGUUCUUCACAAACCUUCUGCAGAACUUCACAUUCCAGCCCCCUCCUGGACAGGACCUCAACUUAACCACUACAGGAGGGUUUACGUCAGUUCCUGUGGUUCAUAAGAUCUGUGCCUUGUCUCGCAACUAAGACUCAAAGCUAAACUAAAGGUCUUGGUGAUAAAAUAUUUUAUAUCAUGAUGUGUAUAAAAAAGUAUUGUCUAAUGAAGAUAAAAAGAAGCUAAAAUCUAUUUAUGACACAUCAUUUUUUAAUUGCAUGCGUAGCAACCUAAUAUUCUGUGCUUUGUAGCUUUUUAUAUAUAUUAAAGGGAUUCUGUUA